UCCAGGGGAGAGCGCCUAGGGUGAGACUGACGGAACUCGUCCCUCCCUGCCAUGAGCAGCCUAGUGCGGACCGAGCCGCUGCGUGGGGGGGCCCCUCUGCUGGUGCCCGGUGAUUCCUACUCGGUCGUGGUUCUGCUGCAGGGCUACGCGGAGCCCGAGGGCGUGGACGACGCCGUGCGCGCCGACGGCUCUGUGACCCUUGUCCUGCCCCAGGCCUGGGGCCUGGCCUCUGACCACCAAGAGUCCCCACGCGGGGGCGGCGGCGCGAAGACCGCCCUGGAGGAGGCGGCCCGUGGCCCCAUCCUCGUGGACACCGGGGGCCCCUGGGCUCGGGAGGCGCUGCUGGGGGCCCUGGCGGGUCAGGGCGUGUCCCCGGGAGAUGUGACUCUUGUGGUGGGGACCCACGGGCACUCGGACCAUGUCGGGAACCUGGGGCUGUUUCCAGGCGCGGCUCUGCUGGUCUCGCACGACUUCUGCCUCCCCGGGGGCCGCUACCUGCCCCAUGGGCUGGGUGAGGAGCGCCCCCUGCAGCUGGGGCCGGGGCUCGAGGUGUGGGCCACGCCGGGCCACGGGGGCCAGCGGGACGUGAGCGUGGUGGUGGCAGGUACGGCCCUGGGCACCGUGGUGGUGGCGGGCGAUGUGUUUGAGCGCGAUGGGGACGAGGAUUCGUGGCGGGCGCUGAGCGAAGACCCGGUGGCCCAGGAGCGGAGCCGGAAGAGGGUCCUAGACACUGCUGACGUAGUUGUGCCUGGUCACGGAGCCCCUUUUCUGGUGUUCAGAGAAGCCUCCCAACCAGAGAAAAAGAGUUGACGGAAUAGCCGGAGGAGCCAGGGGUCAGAGACUAGGAGCCCCUCCGGACUGAUAAGCCUCGAGAGGGACUGGACUCUUGUCAAGGAAGCCCUUACAGCGAGGAGCGAGAGGGAGAGGACCCGGCCCACCACAGAGCAGUCAAGGGUGGUCACUUCCAGCCCUUCCGGGAGGCCAGUUUUCCAGUGAGGACACAGUGUUCUAGCAACUGCGGUUGCCAGUAUCACUCUCUGCCUGUCUCUGCAACCAAACUAGGACCAAGGACUGGCUCAGCUCCGUGUGCGUCUUCCCGAGGCCUCAGCAAAAUGGGAGGAUGUUCUUGUGAG